CUACAGUGUGACAUCGAGUGAGCUGAAAAACAAGCAAAUCUCUGGAAAACUGUGUUAUCUCGUGAAAAAUCAGAAUAUGCGACUGAAAUCCUUGUGGAUAUGGUUGCUUGUGAUACCAGUGGUGCUGGGAAGGAAGCACCACCUCGGAGUGACGGACGACUACCGGCGCUACAUAGCCCUGAGCACCUUCGGCUUCUAUCAGGGUGGCAUUCUCGAUGUGAAAUUUCUAAACUUCGAGGUUCCAGUGGGUGAGGAGAAACAACAGUUUGGCUUAUCGCUGGAUAAGACACUCUCUGACGCGAUGAAUCCGUAUCUGGACACGCAUCAGGAUAAGUGCAUCCUGGAGGAGCCCGCAUCGGCACAGAAGAGAGGACCAAUCAUCUUCAUAAAGAUGGACUUGGCAAACAACGCGACGCACAUCGAUUGCUCCAAGGACUGGCCGCCAACUGUGUACAUCUACAAGAACCGGGCGGACAUUCCCGUGAUGAGGGCGAAGCGCCACAGCAAGGCUGAUGUCAGUGACUCAUCCAUCUUUCUGCAGAGACGACGACGAUCAGCCGAUGUGGACGCAAGGGGCGCCAAGUGCAAUCAACAGAAUCUCCCGAUGAACAUGACGCUGAAGGAUGGCGUGAAAUACUACUCUAUGAACUUUGUUCUCUAUGUGGCCACGAAGGAAGAUGAGGGUCUCUACAAUUUAUAUUUCCACAGCUGUCCGAAUUAUAUCUAUCCACCUAAAUACUCCCUCAACUUCAAUGUGGAUAUUGAGGAGAACAAUAGUGGCAAUUACUUAUCGGCCGGCGAAAUGCCUCUGCCUGCGCUGUACUUCAUGAUGGCGGUGCUGUUCUUCCUCUCGGGACUGUUCUGGGUGUUCAUCCUGCAGAAGAGCAAGCAUCCGGUGUUCAAGAUCCACUAUCUGAUGGCCGUUCUGGUGUUCCUCAAGUCCCUCUCGCUCUUCUUUCACGCCAUCAACUACCACUUUAUCGAGAUUAAAGGGGAGCACGUUGCAGCAUGGGCAAUUCUCUUCUACAUCACUCAUCUCCUCAAGGGUGCCGUUCUCUUCAUCACCAUCGUCCUCAUAGGCACAGGAUGGACGUUCAUCAAGCACAUACUGGCCGAUAAGGAUAAGAAAUUGUUCAUGAUUGUCAUACCACUUCAAGUGUUGGCUAAUGUGGCGGCAAUUAUCAUUGAGGAGAGCGAAGUGGGUGACAGAGAGCACACGACGUGGGGUGACAUUUUUAUCCUUGUGGACUUAAUAUGCUGCGGCGCCAUUCUCUUCCCUGUUGUGUGGUCAAUUCGGCACCUUCAGGAGGCUUCCGCCACCGACGGCAAGGCCGCCACGAAUUUGAGAAAAUUGAAACUCUUCCGGCAAUUCUACAUAAUGAUUGUGUGCUACAUCUACUUCACGCGAAUUAUCGUCUAUCUUCUCAAGAUAACAGUGGCUUUUCAGUAUGCAUGGAUGGACGAGAUGUUCAGGGAGAUGGCCAAUUACACAUUCUUCGUGCUCACGGCGUACAAGUUCCGGCCAGCAUCGCAGCAUCCGUACUUCACCGUCAGCAACAGCGAUGACGAGGAGGAUGCCAAUGAAGUAUUGACAGAUUCGGGAUUCACUGAAGGAUUAACCAAAGUCACCAAUCGCUCGAUGCCGAGUGCGACAUUCGUCGAUGGCAACGAGGAGGAGCGUGAGACAUUAAUAAGUAAACGCGAAUCGAGCCAUGAGUACGAUUGAAGCGCACCACGAGCUGAGAUAUUCGUGUUCGAUAUAUUGAUCAACUUGGAAUUACUUGGUAAUAGGCAUCUAAUUUCCUCUGCAACCCUCUUGUUCUCCAUUGUAAACGAUUGUAUAGUGUAAUGAACUUUUGUGAAUAUUUAUUAUUCAUAAAUUUAAGUACUGUAUAUAAUAGUUUCUCUAUUUCCACUCUGUCACUGUCUCUUCUCGCAACUGUUAAGUCUUCGGUCGCAAGUGAUUCCUUUUUUUCUUUCUGCAAAUUCCAUAGAAAUUGAGAAACUCUCUAGCCUAUAUAUAGUGAGUCUGUUAAGGAGUUUUCGUAGUGUGAAUUAUGAUGUAGUCAAGUAUAUUUUUCCAAACAUAUACUUGAAGAUCGAUGAAAUAUUAGCGACUGUUGCAGAGAAAUUACAUAUUGAAUAUUCACAGUAGGAUUUUUUUCACGAUAACAAACCCUGUAAUAAUAAAAUUGACUGCAUUUUCAAUUUAAAAGAAAUAUAAAACAAGAAGUAUAAUUGUGAUUUUAAACGUAAUAUACUUAAUGAGAAUUUUCAUUAGAUAGUUGAUAUAGUGUCUUUAUGAAAUGAGAUGAAAAAAAAGUAAGAAUUAGAUGACAAGAUAAUCAUUAUAUGAAAAAAAAUAAAGUGAAUUUCGAAAUAAAAACGAGUUAAUUUUUGCAUAA